AUGGAUCCUGUGCCUGCUGCCGGCGCUGGCGGGGGGCGCUGCCCCGGGGCAGGGCAGCCGCUGGCGGCCGGCGAGGCGGCCUACGAGGAAUGGCGGGCGACGGGCGUGCGAGGCCGGGCGGUGGAGAUGAGCUGUGGGCCGGCGGCCGCAGCCCCGCCGGCCGUGGUCUUCUGGAGCUUCACGCCGCAGGGAGAGGGGCUCCCGCGGGCCGUGGCCGUGGGCUCGGGCAGGGAGGUGGCCGUGGCCCCUGGCACGGGGAUGCUGGGCCGAGUGACGCUGCGCAACGGGACCCUGGAGCUGCGGGAGCUGCGGGUGGCCGCCCAGGGCCGCUUCCUCUGCCAGGGGCUCUUCCCAGAGCGGGGCCGGCUCCGUGUGGGCUACGCCGCCGUCCUCCUGCGUGUCCUGGUGCCUGUCUCCAAGCCCUUCGUGCGGCCCACGGCGGCGGCGGCAGCGGAGGGGGCAGCGGUGACCCUGACGUGCACUGUGCGGGAGGGGACGGAGCCGCUGAGCUUCUCCUGGCAGCACCAGGAGCCCCGGGGGGGUCCCUCAGUGACCCCUGCGGCGCUGGGGGGCUCCAGGGCGGAACUGCAGCUGACACCUGCCAACCGCAGCCACACGGGCUGGUACAUCUGCACCGUGCACAACGAGGUCAACAACCACACCAGCGACCCCGUCUACCUGGACAUCGUCUAUGGCCCUGAUGAGCCGGCCAUCCGUGUGGAGCCCUUCUCCCCCGAACAGGGGGGCUUCUCUGCGGGCGAGCGGGAGGACGUGGUGCUGAGCUGCCUGGCCCCCUCCAACCCCCCCAGCCGCUACGUCUGGCUGCACAACGGCUCCCAGGUGCACAUCGGCCAGACCUAUGUGAUCACUGCCAUCGCCCGCGCCCAGGCGGGCACAUACACCUGCCUGGCCGAGAACAGCCACCUGCAGACCCGCACCCAGGCCACCAUCAUCCUCACCGUCUACUUUCCACCAGCCGGGAGCCCCAGCUGCUCUGCCCUGGCCUCCGAGGAUCAGCGGGAUGUGGCCCUGCGCUGCCGCUGGCUGGGGGGCUUCCCCCUGGCCCGGCUGCGCUGGCUGGGCCCCCAGGAGGAGGAGGAGGAGGAGGAGGAGGAGGAAGAGGGGUUGAUGGGGACCAGUUUUUCCAUGGCCACCAGGAUCCAGCCAGGGGCAGCCACCAGGAACGGCAGCUCCUUCUCCUGCCUGGCCUCCCAUCCCGCGCUGCCACUGGGGGCUGCAUGUGGGACCACCCUGUGGGUCCCGUCCGGCAGCCCCACCUGCGCGGCGGCGGCCACCAAGGGUGACGAGUACGUGAUGCUGCGGUGCCGCUGGGAGGGGGGCACGCCGCUCGUCACCCUGCGCUGGCGGGACAGUGCGGGCCGGACCUUGGGCGAGCCCGCAGCCUCCAGCGCCGUGCUGGUGCUGAGCACGGACGGCAGCCUGGGGGGCCGGGAGUUCGUCUGUUCGGCCGCACACCCGCUGCGGGCCGCCGCCGCCGAGUGCCGCCUGAGGCUGGAGGUGCCCGAGCUGGAGGCGGAGAGCGAGGUGGCGGUGCUGGAGGGCGGCGAGGCACGGCUCGCCUGCCGGCAGCGUGGCAGCGGUGCCGGGCUCGGUGCCACGGUGGCUUGGUACGACCCAAAGCAGCGGGAGGUGACGCCGGGGCUGGCCAAAUACCUGCUGGAGGAGGGGGAAACGUGGGUCAACCUCACGGUCCGGGAUGCUGAGUGGCCGGGGGACAGCGGGACCUACCGCUGCACCGCGACCAAUGCCGUGGGCACUGCCAGCCUCCCCGUCCGCCUCCGCGUGGACCGGUACCCAGCCCCGCCCAACGUCACCAUCAGUAAGCUGCGGUACACGCGGGCGCGCACCGAGGUGCGGCUGGAGUGGCGGACGCAGGGCGCCGGUAACCUCACCGGCUUCGUGGUGCAGCGGCGCAGAACCAAGAAGCCCCUCCGGGAGGCUCCCAGCCCCUGGGAAACAGCCGCCGGAGACAUCGAGCCGCACUCCCGGGACCGGCGCCUGGGGGGGCUGGACCCCGCGGUGCUCUAUGCUUUCCGCGUCCUGGCCGUCAACCACCGCACGGCCGGGCACCCCUCCGAGGUGCAGACGCCAGCCGAGCCUCCCUUCGAGGCCUACCCGGCGGUGACGGGGGCGGCGGUGGCAGGGAUGCUGGUGGCCACCGCAGCAUCGCUCCUGGCCGUGCACUGCAUCGCCCGCCACCGGGACAGCCUCCCGCGGCUGCACGACCUGCUGUUCCGCACGGCUGGUCCCGGCGCCCAGGAGCCCGUGGGCACAGCGGAGGAUGCUGAAGCAGCCGCAGGCGGGGAUGAGGAAGCCAGGCCAGCACAGGGAGACUCGUCUGCCCCGGGCACGGCAGCAGCUGCCGAAGCAGCAGCAGCAGCAGCAGAAGGGGACCCGUCUGUCCCCAGCACGGCCGCAGAGCCGCUCUCGGCAGCACCAGGCACCACCGAGGAGCCACCAGUUAAUGUCACCAUCACCGUGACGGCGACACCGUGACCGCUCCGGCUUUUGCUCUUUAUUUCCCUUCCCUCCUCUCUUCCACACCACGGGACGGCAGCACCCACCUGUGCCGUGCUGGGCUGCGAGGCAGCUGGCUCCAAAUGCAGCACCCGGUGAAAGCCCCUCCAGCUCAGGCUCAGGCCUGUAGUUACUGCUGGAGCUAAAAUAAAUAUUUAGGCUACAAUAAAUAGUUUCUCACCGAUGGCAGAAAAAAAGCCUGAGGGCUGAAGCGCCGCUCUCAGCCCCAGGCAUCGACAGGGGAUGCUGCUUUGGGGCUGUGCUGAGCUUUCUGUGGUGCAAAAACAGCCACAAAGCUUUUUGUGGGAAGGGGCCUCAUCUUCACUCCAAAAUCCCCAGUUUCAGGCAGAACUGCAGGAGGUUAAGAAUAGUGUUUUGAGAUGGUUUUUCCCUGCAUUGGUGCAAGCAUGAAGGGAAGCAGGCUCCAGGUAAAGUGUCAGGCAGUUACCAGCUUCCCUGAGUCCUCAUCUUCU